AUGUUGAACAACCUUCUGCUGUGGUCUCUUCAGAUAAGUCUCCUAGGAACCAGUCUUGGUGGGAACAUCCUUAUUUGGCCAAUGGAAGGCAGUCACUGGCUAAAUAUUAAGAUAAUAAUAGACGAGCUCAUUAAGAAAGAACACAACGUGACUGUCCUAAUGUCCUCUGGUGCACUUUUCAUCACACCCACAAUUAGUCCAUCUCUCGCUUUUGAAAUAUAUCAAGUGCCCUUUGGCAAAGAAAGAAUAGAAGGUGUGAUCAAGGAUUUUGUUUUGACAUGGCUGGAAAACAGGCCAUCUCCUUCAACCAUUUGGAAAUUCUAUCAGGAGAUGGCCAAAGUCAUCAAGGACUUCCAUAUCGUGUCCAGAGAGAUCUGUGAUGGUGUUCUUAAAAAUGAAAAGCUGAUGGCAAAGCUAGAGAAAGGGAAGUUUGAAGUCCUGUUGUCAGAUCCAGUAUUUCCUUGUGGUGAUAUAGUAGCUUUAAAACUGGGAAUUCCGUUUAUAUAUUCCUUGAGAUUUUCUCCUGCAUCAACAGUGGAGAAGCACUGUGGGAAGGUUCCAUUCCCUCCUUCCUAUGUUCCUGCAAUUUUAUCAGAACUCACAGACCAGAUGUCUUUCACUGACAGAGUGAGAAAUUUCAUCUCCUACCAUCUUCAGGACUACAUGUUUGAAACUCUCUGGAAGUCAUGGGAUUCCUACUAUAGUAAAGCUUUAGAUGGUAGCCACUGGUUAAAUAUUAAGAUCCUUCUAGAAGAGUUGAUACAAAGAAAUCACAGUAUGACUGUUCUGACCACAUCAGAAAUUCAGUUCAACUCCAUUCCGGAUCCUUUGGUGCAUUUUGAAGAGAUACCAGUUUCCUACACGAGAAACGACAUAGAUGAAAUACUUGAACAUAUAAUAACGCUGUGGCUGGACCACAGACCAACUCCUCUCACAAUGUGGACUUUCUACAAAGACCUGGGAAAGCUCCUCGAUACUAUUUUUCGAGUUAAUAUACAAAUCUGUGAUGGUGUAUUAAACAACCCCACACUCAUGUCAAGACUUAAGAAAGGUGGCUUCAAUGUGUUCAUAAUUGAUCCAACCGUGAUUUGUGGAGACCUGGUUGCUCUGAAAUUAGGAAUUUCUUUUGUGUAUACACUGCGCUUCUCUCCAGCCUUUACAGUGGAGAGACACUGUGGGAAAAUCCCAGCACCAUUCUCCUACGUACCUGCAGCCUUGUCAGAGCUCACUGACCAGAUGACCUUUGGUGAAAGGGUUAAAAACGCCUUAUCGUAUCCUCUGCAAGACUAUAUAUUUCAGUCCUAUUGGGGAGAAUGGAAUUCAUACUACAGCAAAGUUCUGGGAAGACCCACCACUUUGUGUGAGACUAUGGGCAAAGCUGAAAUUUGGCUAAUGCGGACAUAUUGGGACUUUGAAUAUCCUCGUCCAUACUUACCUAAUUUUGAGUUUGUGGGAGGACUGCACUGCAAACCUGCCAAACCUUUACCUAAGGUUUUAUGGCGAUACAAAGGAACAAAACCAUCCAUGUUAGGAUCCAACACUCGGCUUUUUGAUUGGAUUCCCCAGAAUGAUCUUCUUGGACAUCCUAAAACCAGAGCUUUCAUCACUCAUGGUGGAACGAAUGGGAUCUAUGAAGCCAUUUACCAUGGGAUUCCUAUGGUGGGAGUCCCCAUGUUUGCUGAUCAGCCUGAUAACAUCGCUCAUAUGAAGGCCAAAGGAGCAGCUGUGGAGGUGAACAUGAACACCAUGACAAGUGCAGAUUUGCUCAAUGCUGUGAGAGCAGUCAUUAAUGAACCUUCUUACAAGGAGAAUGCCAUGAGACUAUCGAGAAUUCACCACGAUCAGCCAGUGAAGCCUCUCGACCGAGCCGUCUUCUGGAUUGAGUUUGUCAUGCGCCACAAAGGAGCCAAGCACCUUCGGGUGGCAGCCCAUGACCUCAGCUGGUUCCAGUACCACUCUCUGGAUGUGAUUGGGUUUCUGCUGGCCUGCACAACAGCUGCUGUAUUCUUAGUAGCAAAAUGUUGUUUAUUUUUUUAUAAAAAAUUUGGCAAAACAGGAAAGAAAAAGAAGAGAGAAUAGAUUAAGGAAAAGAAGAAAGGUUCUUUUAGGUUUGGUGAAGUACUG